AUGCACGAGAAAGCUAAGGCAAACAUUCAAAGAAAAACCGAGCAAUUCCAAAGAAAGGCAAACAAAGGAAGAAGCAAAAGAACUUUCGAGUCCGGCGACCAAGUUUGGAUUUAUCUAAGGAAGGAAAGAUUUCCCGAGGAACGGAAGUCUAAGCUGUUACCCCGAGUUGAUGGACCAUUCACAGUCUUAAACCGCAUCAAUGACAAUGCCUACCAGAUCGACCUCCGAGAUGGACCAGACUUGAGGACAAGUCCUUUUCAAGAGGGGGGGAAUGAUACGAGCAUGGACGAGGUGCGAACUGAGGGUCAAGCCGAAGGACUAGUCCAGGACGGAAAUCAGGACCAAAUGGCCGAGCUGAGCGAGAUGGAGGUUCAGGAAGGAAAGUUGGCCGAGGUGAACGACCCAAGUUCAGAUCUGACCGAGCUCACUGGUUCAAUUACACGGUCCCGAGCUAAGAAGCUGACCUUGGCCAUUUCGAGGUUAUAUACCAAUCUGAUGACCAAGUUCACAGAAGCCACACCGAGCGACCGAGCUGUAACCCUCUUAGCCUAUUCGGACGAUGCGGCCCCUUAG